AUGCGCUUGUCGUCAAGGCAGCUGGUGCUCCUCGCCAUCGCUGGCUUGGGAUCUGCUAAGCCUUUUCCCCGAGAUGAUCUACAUGAUCUCGGCUACUCUUAUCUGAUGCCCCGCGCCUGCGAUUCUUACUGCGGCUCUGACAACCAAUACUGCUGUGGCUCCAACGAGGUCUGCCAGACUGCCGAUGGCGUCGCAAACUGCGUCAAGGGCUAUAUCGGUGCCUUCACCACCACCUGGACCGAGACCAAGACAUACACCAGCACAAUCAUGACCCGCUGGGAGCCUGCUCCUGAACCCACCGAGGGCGUCGACUGUGUACCCAAGAACGAUGAGCAAGAGGCCUGCGGCUACAUUUGCUGCGCUGGAUGGCAGACGUGCGCCUACGACGGCCAGUGUUCGGCGAAGCCUGGCUACGACGAGCCUACUGCUGUUGUCAUUACCAGCGACGGCAAGGUCACCACCCGCUACUCAGCUCCCUACCGAGUCACUGGCACCACCACCAUCACCACUAGCGGCGUCCAGAGCACCGAGACUGAGACUGAGACCACCUCCGAGGCCACGGCCACCGAGACCAGCGAUGAGGCUGCGGCUGGAGAGGGUUCGACCAGCGGCGGCGGUCUCAGUGCUGGCGCCAUCGCCGGUAUUGUGAUCGGUUCUGUUGCUGGUGUCGCUCUCCUGCUGCUGCUCUGCUUCUGCUGCAUCGCCCGUGGUCUCUGGCUCGCUCUCUUUGGCAAGAAGGACAAGAAGGAUAGCCGUGAGCAAGUCGACAUCGUCGAGGAGCGCUACUCCCGUCACGGCAGCCGUCCCCCGCCCUCUGCCUACUCUCGCAAGUCUCGCAUGAGCGGUGCCCCAUCCGCAGCCGGUGACCGCCGCGAGAAGAAGUCGAGCGGUAAGAAGUGGCUCGGCAUCGCCGGUCUCGCGGCUACGCUCCUGGCUCUGCUCAACCUCAAGAAGGACAAGCGACCUGCUAGCACCAAGCCCGCGCGGUCAUCCCGUGGGUCUUCGCGAUACAGCGACUCUUACUACUCAUACAGUGAUUACACCGGCACCAGUCCCAGCAGCUCAAGCUCUGGUGGAAGAACACACCGCACCCGCCGUACACGAGACAGCCGCUCGAGGUCAUACUACUCCCGCUCUCCUCGACCUUGA